AUGCCGAAGAACUACUGCACAGUAUCAAGCCACAACCAGCGAUUCUAUACACGAAAUUAUCACCGGCGUCGGGGACGACAACAUCAAGACAGGUGCAAGAUGGGCGCGUACAAAUAUAUCGGAGAGCUCUACAAAAAGAAGCAGUCGGAUGUCUUGAGGUUCCUCCUCCGCGUUCGAUGCUGGGAAUACCGCCAAUUGAACGUCAUCCACCGUGCUUCCCGCCCAUCUCGCCCUGACAAGGCCCGUCGACUCGGUUACAAGGCCAAGCAGGGCUAUGUUAUCUACCGAAUUCGCGUGAGGCGCGGAAACCGCAAAAAGCCCGUUCCUAAGGGUGCUACCUACGGCAAGCCCGUCCGCCAUGGUGUCAACCAAUUGAAGCCCCAGCGUGGCUUGAGGAGUGUUGCUGAGGAGCGUGUUGGACGACGAUGUGGCAACUUGCGUGUCCUCAACUCUUACUGGGUUAAUGAGGACAGUGUGUAUAAGUACUACGAGGUCAUCCUUGUCGACCCCAACCACAAGGCUAUUCGCAGGGAUCCCAGAAUCAACUGGAUUACCAAGCCCGUGCACAAGCGCCGCGAGGCUCGUGGUCUCACCAGCGUUGGCAAGCAGAACCGUGGACUUGGCAAGGGACACCGACACAACCAUGCUCCUGCUCGCUCGACCUGGAAGAGGCACAACACCCUCAGCUUGCGUCGAUACCGAUAAGCGAAUCGCACUCCACCUCUCUUCAUUUUUGUACUUUGUACUUGCAUCACGAUCAGGUGAUGGCCAUCCUGAAUUUGCACAUCCACCGAACACACAUGCCUCAUGUAACGUCAGUAUGCUAUGGAUCCAUCCUAUAUGCCAUCAUCGCACGCAAA